CAAAUCAAUUGUGAUUCAUUACAUCGUUUGCCUUUUGUCAACAUACAAAACCAGAUACAGCGCAAAUAUAAUUAAAUUCCAGUGUUUUUCUCGGUAAUAAUGGAAGGCGAAAACGGAAAUGUCGUCAAAAAAGACAAUGGCAAUGAAGAGGAACAAGCAUAUUUGCAGUUAAUUCGUGACAUUAUCAAUAAAGGAAGCAAACGCCUCGACCGCACGGGUGUUGGUACCUUGUCGAUAUUUGGAGCCCAGAUGCGAUUUAGUCUACGCGACGGGAUCAUACCGUUGUUAACAACAAAAAAGGUAUUCUUUAGAGGAGUGGCCGAAGAACUACUUUGGUUUAUCAAGGGCUCGACGAAUGUCAAGGAUUUGCAAGCAAAGGGAGUACGCAUUUGGGAUGGUAACAGCACUCGAGAGUAUCUGGAUUCGUGCGGCUUCACCGAUCGUGAGGAAGGGGAUUUGGGCCCGGUAUAUGGGUUUCAGUGGCGCCACUUUGGUGCCACCUACAAAACAUGCCACGACGAUUACACAGGUCAGGGAAUAGAUCAGCUGGCUGAAGUGAUCGACAAAAUUAAGAACAAUCCCUACGAUCGUCGAAUCAUCAUGUGCGCUUGGAAUCCUUCUGAUAUUCCUAACAUGGCACUACCGCCAUGCCACUGCUUGGCACAGUUUUUCGUUAGUGAUGGAGAGCUGUCGUGUCAGAUGUAUCAACGUUCGGCCGACGUAGGUCUGGGCGUGCCCUUUAACAUUGCCAGCUACUCCUUGCUGACCCACAUGAUCGCGCAUGUCACCGGACUAAAGGCAGGAGAGUUUAUCCAUACCACCGGCGACACUCACAUUUAUUUGAAUCACGUCGAUGGCUUGCGUGAGCAAAUAGAAAGGACGCCCACAAAAUUCCCAACACUCGUUUUUAAACGAAAGGUAGAAUCAAUUGAUGAUUUUACCUAUGACGAUUUUGAAAUCUUGAAUUACAACCCCCAGUCUGCGAUAAAAAUGAAGAUGGCAGUUUAAGAAAGGUCGUCUAAAAGUUUCACAGAAAAAAUCCGAUAAUUUGCUAAUUGAAUCUGUUUGGAAAUGUCUAUUGACACACUAAAUUGCCUCAUUCAUGCACUGGUUCUCUUUCCCGGAUGAUUAAUUCUUUUGAUGUCCAUAAAAUACUUGAAGUAAUUUUAAUGAAGCAAUUUUAACUAUGUUCAAUUUAUACUUUAUAUACACACAAUAUUGUGACACAAUAAUUAGAAAUAAUAUACUAAAGCUAAAAGAUGAAUCCAAAUCCUUCCUGCCACACUACUUUUUGUAGGAGUUUACAGGAUAUUUAUCAUAAAGAUUUUAUUUGCAGUACUGCAUGAAUUUAUACUGAAACUAAGAUGUUUUUGGUCUCAAAUUUAAUUAUUGAUAAAUUUAUAUCAUUAAACUACGGAUAUCAUUAAAAACAGGGUAGACUUUAUAAAAAACAUGACUGUCCAAAUGAAUAAGCACUUCUUCUAAAAAUCAAUAAAAUUACCAUGUAUGUCAGAAAAAUGUA